AGGAAAGACAGAAACAGAGAAAGUGACUCCCGGAAAAGUGUGGAAACAUAGAAAAAAAAAAAAAAAAACUGGAUGCAAAAACAGCUAGAAAAUCAUAUCAAAAAGAUAAGGAAAAGAUAAAAAAUGACAUUUUGGAUUGCAUUGUUGCUCCCCAUUUUCAACCCAAACUCGCAUAUUGGAACUUGAAGUUUUGUAAACCCAUAUGCUUCCAGAGUUUUAAGCGCAACAAGGGGCUAUAUCUGUUACUGUUAGUCAAAGUUUUGGGAGGUAUAUCGGAAAGGAAACACUAGUUGACAAUUAUUAUGUGAUUGUGGAAGGAGAAUGAUCAUCCAUGCUGGAGAUAAUGGAGGUGAAUACUAGAAAUUCCCAUUCCAAGGAAAAGCGACCUUUGGAUCAAUCUAAAUCAAACAAUCAAGGAAAAAAGACUGCAGGAAAAGAAGUAAAUACUUCUGUAUUUGUCAAUUAUGCUGCUAUUGAUUGGCAUGAGCGUAGAAGGAAGUGGGUUGGCGAUCAAUCUCAACGAGGUCAAAGAAUGGCAAAGGAUCCAAUCAUAAGCUGGACAACUGCAUACGAAGAUUUGCUCUCGACUAAUGAGCCUUUUUCCGAGCCAAUCCCUUUACCUGAAAUGGUGGAUUUUUUAGUUGAUAUUUGGCACGAUGAGGGACUUUUUGAUUAGAUAGCUGGUCUUAGUGGUCAAUUGGUAGAGAGAUGACUAAUCAAAGGUGGAGAAUUCUUAAAAACCUUUUAGGAUCCAUAAUCAUUGGCUGAUUCUUCAAUUAACUUAUCACAUGAGAUAGAAAAAUUCAGCACUCGAAAAUUUACUACAAAAAAACCAACCUUUAUCAUUGUUAUUAUUAUUACUAUUUCUAUUACUAUUAUUAUUAUUAAAGAAUUCCUUGGAUCUUUUUCAGUUGUAGAAACUUUCAUGUCAAAACAACAAAACUUUAAUUUGUAGAAUAUAUUUAUAUAUUAUAUUUAUAUUAAUGCA